CCCCCAGCGGCGGCGGAGAGCAGAGCCAAGAUGGCGGCGGAGGUGGAGUACGAGUCCGUGCUGUGUGUGAAGCCCGAUGUCAGCUUGUCUGUCUUGCCACCAAAUAUCAUCAUCCACCGAUUGGUUUUCCUUCCCGAUCUCUUGCCGGUGGGCACAGGCUUCCCACUUUCCUAUCAUAGGGCAUCUGACUGGAAAUUAGACCAGCCUGAUUGGACUGGUCGCCUCCGAAUCACUUCAAAAGGGAAGAUUGCUUAUAUCAAACUCGAGGACAAAAUUUCAGGGGAACUUUUUGCUCAGGCACCAAUAGAACAGCAUCCUGGUAUUGCUGUGGAGACAGUGACAGAUUCCAGCCGCUACUUUGUAAUCCGGAUCCAGGAUGGUACUGGACGUAGUGCUUUCAUUGGCAUUGGCUUCACAGAUCGGGGUGAUGCCUUCGACUUUAAUGUCUCUUUGCAAGAUCACUUCAAGUGGGUAAAGCAGGAAUCUGAGAUUUCCAAAGAAUCUCAGGAAAUGGACACACGCCCCAAGCUGGAUCUGGGCUUCAAGGAAGGACAGACCAUCAAGUUGAGUAUUGGGAAUAUUACAACCAAGAAAGGAGCCACUUCUAAGCCCAAGACUGCAGGCACUGGAGGCCUAAGCUUACUCCCACCCCCACCUGGAGGCAAAGUCACUAUUCCCCCACCAUCCUCCUCAGUUGCCAUCAGCAAUCAUGUCACUCCACCACCCAUUCCAAAAUCUAACCAUGGAGGUAGUGAUGCAGAUAUCCUUUUAGAUUUGGACUCUCCUGCUCCUGUCCCCACACCAGCACCAGCUCCAGUUUCUGCAAGCAGUGACUUGUGGGGAGACUUUAGCACUGCAUCCAGCUCUGUUUCAAACCAGGCACCACAGCCAUCCAACUGGGUCCAGUUCUGAAUAGCAUUGGCAGGAUAUUAAGGAUAGACUUGAAGAAUGAAAUGACCUUGAGGGCACCAAUCUGUGAGGGAAGUUAGGAAUCUCUUCUUUCCCCAGAACCAAAAUUACUGGACAAUCUUUUUCAUAGCUUCUCCAUUGUGUUCAGGCUGGUUUAUGUCACUCCCCUAUGUUGUUAUUUGUACAGCCAAGAAAGUGUCUCUUAUCUCCUCUUCACUAUCAAGGCAGGGGAAUAGUAGGUCUUAUCAUACUGUGGCUGACUCUGAAGGGCUCCAAGGCCAGGGUUUCUGAGGGGGAAAUGACCUUUAACAUCUGCAGCAUUUUUCUCCAUCUUUUAAAUGCUUAAACAUAUUUCAGAAUCAUCUCAUGACCCUUGUGCGCCUCUUUGUGAAGUCCUAUUUAGCAAUUUCAGGGGAGACUUCCUUUUCCAUUCACCCAAGACUCUGAAAAUAGACAGAAUGACUUCAGUGUUUACAAAUACAGAAUUUUGAUAGAGAUAGAAAUGAAGAAAAACCUGUGUCUUGAGUCUCUGCUAUCUAUAUCCUCCAGGUUUAUUCUGUUCAGUGAACAUCCAGUGCUGGAUGAAGUUUCAUCACCCUCUCAUGUGUUUACAUGUCUCUUCCUAUGAUAAGAGGGUUGUGUUGGUGGCAUCUCCACUAUUCUUUUUUAAAAAAUAUAUAUUUUAUGAUUUUUUUUUUCUUUAGAGAGGGAGAAGGA